AAAUGUCAUUGAUUAUACCGGACACUGUUUUAGAAAGUUGCGUGUGUUCUUUAUGCAAGAAAUUUUUGAGUGUGCAGCCAGUUAAAAUUUAUCAAAAUCAAAAACAAAAACUAAAAUGUGGAAGGUGUUCAAACAAAGAUGACAAUGGUACUGAAUCUCUUUACAAUAUUAUUGCAGCAAAUGGAAUAUUUAAAUGCAUCAAUAGAUUCGAGGGCUGCAGAAAAAUGUUGCGUCAUUAUGAAGUGUUAGAGCACGAAAAACAAAGUCUUGUUAAUACUUUUUGUUGUCCAGUUUGUCCUGGAUUGUGUAAAGUACGGAUAUUUUGGAUGAUUUUUCAUUUCAAAAAAUGCCAUAUUGAUAAGUAUUUAAAAAAGCCAUGCUUUACAAUAAACAGAGAUAAAAUCAAUAACACUUAUCUAUUUAGAAAAGAUGAUAAUUUGUUUUUUAUAUCAUACAAGAUUCAAGACAAUGGAGAUAUUUACUUAGAAGGAUGUAAUAUAAAUCCGUCAAAUGUCCAGACAAGCAUGAGUUUUUUUCUUCUGACUAAAUCUAGUACAGUAGAAGCUAGAAAAUUAAAUUUAAGUGACAACAAAAACGAGUUUCGGAUCAAGAAAAAAGAUAUUUUGGAAACUACGGAUAUGAGGAUAAAAUUUGAAAUAGAAACGUUGCCAAAUUUUUUCGUCCUAUCAAAUUCUUCUGUUCCAACCAUAGAGCCAGAAAAUGAGGUGAAAAGAAUUUUAGAAAACUUUCAACGUUUUUCAAAGUUUUACUAUAAAGAGAAUAUUACAUUUCCCCGGAAAAUUACAAUGGCCUCUAUACAUCAAGAAGAAACAAAAUUUUUAAUGAGUUAUGAUCGAACUUACAUCAUAAAAAAAUGUGGAAGUGAAACGUAUAAUAUUUUUCUUGAAUGUUCUAAUUGCGUGAAUAUAUUUUUACCAUCAACUACUUUAUUUAAUGGUUUCUUUUUAAAAUUCAAAAACUAUUUUUUUAAUAUUUGUAGUAACUGUUUUGAGUAUUUGUGUUCAAAAAAUAAAAUGGUCGCUUAUGAGUCGUUUGAAUCAGUUUUGGAAAACAUAAAUACUUUUUUCUUUGACUGUAGUUGGAACUGCGGCAUAAAAUUUCCAUUAACUCAGUUACAUGAACAUGAAUAUUUUGUACACUGUCCUAUAAUUAAUUGUAAGAAAAUUAUUUCAAACAACGAGUUUGGAAACCAUUUUAAAAAAGUACAUUCUCUUACUUCAGCAUUAAAUUCAUAUUUCAUAUCUCUCAAUGUUAAUUUUAAUUCCAUCACAUGGUUAUCAUUAAUAUCAUGUUCUGUACAAUUAAGUUGUAAGAAAUAUAAAGACCAUAUAACAUUAUUAGUAAAAAUGCAUUACACGUAUUUUAAUGUUACCAAUGUUCGUGUAAAAGGAAUCGUAUUUGAUGAACAAAAAAAAGUAGUUGGUGAAUUAAAACACGGCCACGUUUUAAAUAUUUUAGUUAAUUCUUCAACUAGAAUUAAUUGUUAUUUUUCAUAUUAUUGGGACGAAUAGAUCAUGUAUUGGAAUAUUUGGAUGCACUGAAAGAAAUGCGGUCUAAUCAUUACCAGAAUUCUCGUACCUUUUAUUUAACUGUUUUAUACUGUAUGGGACAGCCAAACGAGCUGUUGCUGAUAUGGAACAAGAAUUGCUAGAACCUUUCAUAACCGUUAAUAUACGGACUAUAGACAUAAUACAACACGGUUUGUUAAAGGUUACCAAUGCAUUACUUAUUGACAGUAAAAUCUUCGUAUUAUUAUUAUUAUACAAUCGUUCACAUAAAAAUAAGUGAACUACUCUAUGAGGUGUAAAAAAAUGUAUUGAUAAUAAAACCAGCUUUAAAGUUUAUAAGCUAUUGUCAUACGGAUUAUCAUUCACUUAUAUUCUCAUAAUAUCAUAGAAUACGAC